GGAACUACACAGCAACCAACCAAAAGUAGCAGAGACAUGUGUGGCAUUUUUGCAUAUCUGAAUUAUCACGUGCCUCGCACUCACCGCGAGAUCCUCGAGGUCCUCAUCAAAGGUCUGCAACGCCUGGAGUAUCGCGGCUAUGACUCUGCAGGUGUGGGCAUUGAUGGAGGAAACAGUAAGGAAUGGGAGACCAACUCUAAGAGCAUCCACUUGAUCAAACAAACCGGAAAGGUGAAAGCCCUUGAUGAAGAAAUCCAUAGGCAGCAGGAAAUUGAUCUUGAUGUGGAGUUUGAUGUGCACUUGGGAAUCGCUCACACCCGAUGGGCCACUCAUGGUGUCCCGAGUCCUGUCAACAGCCACCCGCAAAGAUCAGACAAGAAAAACGAAUUUAUUGUUAUCCAUAAUGGAAUCAUCACCAAUUACAAAGACCUGAAGAAGUUUUUGGAGAGUAAAGGUUAUGAGUUUGAGUCUGAGACCGACACCGAGACCAUCGCCAAGCUGGUGAAGUACAUGUAUGAUAACCGGGAGAGCGAUGACAUCCCCUUCACCACCCUUGUGGAGCAAGUUACCCAGCAACUGGAAGGCGCUUUUGUCCUGGUCUUCAAAAGCAUGCACUACCCGGGAGAGGCUGUUGGCUCCAGGAGAGGAGGUCCGUUACUGAUCGGUGUUAGAAGUGACCACAAGCUGUCCACAGAUCACAUCCCCAUCCUGUAUCGCUCAACUGGCAAAGACCAAAAGAGCUGUAACACUCUACCCAGGAUGGACCAGGACACGUGUCUAUUUCCUGUGGAUGAGAAAGCUGUGGAGUACUACUUUGCUUCUGAUGCCAGUGCUGUGAUCGAGCAUACCAACCAGGUAAUCUUCCUUGAGGAUGAUGAUGUUGCAGCGGUGAGCAAUGGCCGUCUCUCCAUCCAUCGGAUCAAGCGCACAGCAGGAGACCACCCAGCCCGUGCCAUCCAGACCCUACAGAUGGAGCUGCAGCAGAUCAUGAAAGGGAACUAUAGUUCCUUCAUGCAGAAGGAGAUCUUUGAGCAGCCAGAAUCAGUGGUCAACACCAUGAGAGGAAGAGUUAACUUCGAAAACAACACCGUGACCUUGGGAGGACUGAAAGAUCACAUUAAAGAGAUCCAGAGGUGUCGAAGGCUCAUCUUGAUCGCUUGUGGGACCAGUUACCAUGCUGGAGUUGCAACUCGUCAGGUAUUGGAGGAACUGACUGAACUUCCUGUCAUGGUGGAGCUGGCCAGUGAUUUCCUGGAUCGUAACACACCUGUGUUCCGCGAUGAUGUGUGCUUUUUCAUCAGCCAAUCGGGGGAGACGGCAGAUACCCUGAUGGCUCUGCGCUACUGUAAGGAGAGAGGCGCCCUGACAGUGGGCAUCACCAACACUGUGGGCAGCUCCAUCUCCAGAGAAACAGACUGUGGCGUUCAUAUUAACGCUGGACCUGAAGUUGGAGUGGCUAGCACCAAGGCGUACACGAGUCAGUUUGUGGGUCUCAUCAUGUUUGCCCUGCUGAUGUGUGAUGACAGAAUCUCCAUACAGCCUCGGAGACGAGAAAUCAUACAAGGCCUCAAAGUGCUACCAGAUCUGAUCAAGGAGGUUUUGAGUCUGGAUGAAGAGAUUCAGAAGUUGGCGUCUGAGCUAUAUCAGCAGAAGAGUGUUUUGAUCAUGGGCCGAGGCUACCACUAUGCCACCUGUCUGGAGGGUGCUUUGAAAAUUAAGGAGAUCACAUACAUGCAUUCAGAGGGGAUUUUGGCAGGAGAGCUGAAACACGGACCUCUAGCUCUGGUGGACAAACUCAUGCCUGUGAUCAUGAUCAUCAUGAGGGACCACACAUAUACAAAGUGCCAAAACGCACUGCAGCAGGUGGUGGCGAGACAGGGGCGUCCCAUUGUGAUCUGUGAUAAGGAGGACUAUGAGACCAUAAAGAACUCCUGUCGCACCAUUAAAGUGCCUCAUUGUUUGGACUGCCUUCAGGGAAUUCUCAGCGUCAUCCCACUGCAGCUGCUCUCCUUCCACCUCGCUGUCCUCCGUGGAUAUGACGUUGAUUGCCCAAGAAACCUGGCCAAAUCGGUGACCGUAGAGUAAACGCCUCCCAAACGAUGGCCUAAAACAUACACAGAUCCAUACACAUCAAGUACUGACUAGCUUUCAUAUUAUAAAAUAAUCUAAAGUUUAUCUCUGUAUAACUGUAUCUCCUCUCAAUGCAUGUUUCUGGAAGCAUACCAUUGCUGUUGACUGGAUUGUGUUUUUCUUUGGUGACGUGGUAUGGGGUGGCAAUGUAAUAGCUGCCCAUGCUAUAAAAAAAAAAAGAAAUCUCAUGAAACGUCUCUUUAUUAGAAACAAUUCCACAGUCUUGUGGUAUGUGGGACUGAAACAAACUCUGAAUCAGUGCUUAAUUGUAGUUUGCACACUUUUGUUUAUCUGCUGCCAUUUAAGGGAAAAUCUUGUUAUUGAUAACUUCAGCAUAUUUCGUUUAUCCAGAAAUGAUUUCUGAUUAUCUGAAAUAUUAAAUGCAAAUAGAUUUCCUGUUUCCAGAGUUAACCUUAGCGCAUACAGUGACCUUUAGAAUGAUGAAUACAAUAAUCGGAAAUUGCAGUUGUUCAAUAACUGCUAACAUCUAUGAGUGUCUAGCAAAUUUCGUCAUACGCAGAUCUGACAUCAAGUAAAAUGAGUCAUCUGAGUGCAUUGCUUUGUGAGUUUAAAAUGAAACUUUUAUACUCCAUUUUCCUUUUAUGGACAAAAAACAGCCCUGUUGUCUCUCAUCAAAGGUUUUAUACAUUAUUGUGGCAAAGAAAUGAUUGAAACUAUAGUUUGUCAGAAAGAAAGUUAAUAUGUCAAAAGGACGGUCAUUUUUAAUGAUGACAAUCCCUGUAGAGAUUAUGUACAUGAAGGGAAAAUAGUAAACGUAUGUAUUGUUUAUAAUCUAUUGUAGAUAUUCUAUAUGACUCAUUUCAUUGGUUUCAAUAUGAUUUUGCCAGAAUGAGUAAUGGAAAUGUUGUUUGGUUUGAUUUGUUAAUAUCAAGACGACAUCUGGUAUGUUAAAACACCAGCAAACUGUUACAAAGCUAAAUGUUUUGUUUACAGGGUUUGAUGAAGAGAAAAAUAAGUUGUUUGCAUAUUGCUUUUCAAAGUGGGAUGUUUUGGUUCCCAUUAAAAGCCCAAACUAGGAAUAAUGAAUCAAUGCAGUUGGUGACGCAAAAUAAUGUAUUAAUAUAUUUGCUUUACAAUCAGCUUGUCUUUUUACUAUGAAAUAUAUAUAGUACAGUAAUCUGAACUUACUUGUCGACAUGUGUAGUAAAUUUAUGCAUAAAGGUUUUGGCUUUUGGAAUUACUUUUUCUUUCCUUGUAAUAAAGGAGAAAAGUUGGUCUCCAGUUUACAGUAGUACAGCCAGUAGACGCAGAUAAAUAAACACAAAAACACGGCGCAUGUCCUAUACAAUGCCACCUUCAUUUUUGUUUAUAAUAUUAAUGUGAUUUUUACAUUUCACGAUUGUCGCCAUGCACUAAAUCAACCUU